GUCAUUGUUAUAUUGUGUUUUUCAUCUUCAGGUAAUCUACGUCGCUCGGAAUCCUAAAGAUGUUUUGGUUUCAUCUUUCCACUUUCAUCAAAUGGCAAGUUUCCUUGAUGACCCCGGAACAUUUGAGGAAUUUGUUGACAAGUUCCUGUCAGGAAAACUUUUGUUCGGUAAGUGGACCGAUCAUGUGAAGAGCUGGCGAAACCCUGAGCUCGGCGACAGGAUCCUGUACAUCACCUACGAGGAAAUGCUUCAGGACCUCCGUGAAGUCCUGGGCCGGAUUUUGCGGUUUCUCGGCCGGGAGCUCAGCGCCGAGGCUCUGGAUAGAGUGGCCAAUCGCAGCACUUUCAAAAAUAUGAAAACGAACAAAAUGUCAAACUACUCUCUGGUGCCAGAAAACAUUAUGGACAACAAGAAAUCGCCCUUCCUCAGAAAAGGUAUCGCUGGAGACUGGAAGAAUCACUUCAGCCCUGAACUCGAUGCCAAGUUCACAGCUGUGGUUCGAGAGGAAAUGAAAGGAAGCAACAUCAGGUUCCCGUGGGAUGAAGAUUGAGUGAAUCUCUUUUAAUGGCGUCUCGGUGCGCAUCAAAAUAAACAGUCAUUGAUGGAACAUGUGA